CCGCGCAGUUCGGCGCGGCACAUGCGUACGCAUGCGCGUAAACGGCCUUAUCGCUCGCCGUAGAGCUCGAAAUUGUGUUUCCGGCAACAAGGCAGUGUUGCCACAAGCCGUCCCCUCCAAACCCUCAGCCGACUGUUUAUCUUCAUGGCAUGAGCGGAGAGAAAACAGCAACAACAGCAACAGCAACAGCAACAACAUUACAUUAGGACCCGACCGUCGCCUCAGGACACCAUGAAGCCCCCGCCUCGGCAGCGCAUCCUGACCAAACGCUACGAGGAGCGCAGAACGGUGCAGAAGCAGGUGCGCGAACGGCGAGGGCUUAUGGAGAAUGUGUGCACCUGGGGGGUCACCGAGCAGCGCAGGUUGCUGAAGGGCCUCGAGUGGCUCAAGCACCACCGUCGCGUCGAGCCGGACAUCGACUAUGAGUGGUUGCAGAAGAGGGUUCCCAAGCGGUCCAUCGAGGAGCUGUGCACCGUGGUGCGUGAGCUGAAGGUCCGGGCGGUCAGCAGGGGGGCCAGUCAGCUGCGGAGGCAGCGGAGUAACGAGGCGGGGCUUGAGGGCGAGGGGGAGGAGCCUCUCCAGCUGUGGCGGGAAACGGCCCGCUUCGUGGCGGGGGACCUGGAGGGGGACAUCGCCAAGGCGUUCUCCCAGAUGCUGGUCGUGUCGUCCACAGAACCUCAGACCCCUUUGAACUCUGCAGUUUCUCCCCCGCGGUCUGGCCACGCCCAGCCCCCCACGACCGGCCCUGUCACUCCAGGGCCCCUCCCUCCCAGGGGCCCCUCCCCGGGGGGCCUGGCCCCCGUCCUCCAGACCCCCGUGGUGACCCUGACCCGGGUCCCCCUGUCAGGCCCCCCUGUAGGGGUGCUUGUCCCUCCGUCCACGCCGGGGCAGGGGCCCUCAGCCACGCCCUCCGUUGCGUUGCCAGGGGCAGGUUGCCAAGCAGCCGCCUCCACGCCUCUGUUGCGGCGGCUCAGCCAAGCGUCGGCCGUUGCCGGGGCAACGGACAAGCCUGGCUCAAGGGUGGAACCUGUUGAAGGCCCAGGCAAGGCAGGUCAACAGGAGCAGAGGUCGAAGUGCUUCGUGGACUUCAAUAAGAUAUACCUGCACCUCUCCCAUCCCUGGAGGGAGGGCAAGGACGGCCCCCUCUCGCCCUUGGAGUGCGCUGUGGUGCUGGACCUUCUGAUGGCGCUGCCAGAAGAGCUCCCUCUGCUGGAUGGAGGCAAACUACGCCAGCACAUGAUCGAGACCUACGCCAGCCUCUCCGCCCCCGCCCCGCGGGCAGAGAGGGGUGAGGUCCCCCCGCCGCCGGCCGCGGCCACCAGCCCCGGCCCCGCCCAAGCGGGACCCAGCCGGGACGCCGUGAACUCGGCCGCCGCGGGAGAACACAACUACUCGAAUGACCGCGGCGAGCGCGUGGUAGCGGCGAAGACACCCACGCCGCCCGAGCCCCCGCUGUGCCCCCUCAACCCGUUCAGGCUGCCCUUGAAGCUAUUGGUGAAACGCUCUUAGCUAGCCUGUGGACACACGCCGCGCCCCGAAGUAGCGCUCGCUGUACGCCCGGUCCUCCCUGUUUACGUUCUGUGAGGCGCACAGGGUCUGACGCACGUCGAGAAGUACGUCUGGCGUCGCUGAACGUGAGCCGCCGCUGUGCGGGGGUUGAGGCAGGGCCGUAGAAAGAGCUCGUCUGGUGCUGCAGUUGUGUCGGGUCCCCCAGACCCCAUCUAGCCCAGACUCUGCAUGCAUGUAAAACCUUUUCUAAUGAAUGUCCGUGGGAUCCGCAAGUGAGAGUAAAGUUUAUUCUGUACGGUAUGGUUGUUACUAUUAAGAUAUGUUUGUGAUAAUAAAUAUCCCUUCAAAGGUCAGGCGCUUGCCUUAACCGCUAGUUAAUGAAUAUUCGGUCAAUCAUUAAAGACCAAUGCAACCAAACCCAUUUUUGAAGAAAUUAUACGUAACACCUACAUUGUCGGUUAAAAGAUUUUCAAUCUGUUCGAUCUGUUCUACCCUGGCCUGAAAUCGUUUUUUGUUUCCUUAAACCGUUGCCCCUUUCAGGAAGGACUUUUAUUACCCUGUAACCAUCUUCCAAUAAAUAUUAUCAGAGUU